CUUUUUUUGUUUACUUAUCUUCUCUUACUUUCUCGCUGCCCAAACGCCCCCCUCUUUUCAGUUUAGCACUAGCAGUAGUAUUUCUAUUUCAUUCCUCAAAUUCCGUUGCCAACAUCAAAAGUAGAGAAGAAUAGGAAAACUAACUUCCGUUUCUCUGUGUUAGUUUAAAUUUAAGGUUUAAGUUAAGCCAAUGGGAGCUCGUUGCUCCAAUCUAUCACUUUGCUGGGGCUCGUCAAAUCUCAAGUCAAACAUCAAGGACUCAUCCGAUCUCGAGAAUGGGAAGGAACCGUUACCUGGAUUCAUCGAGUACAGCUUGGACCAAUUAAGAGCCGCUACUGCCGGAUUCAGUACGGACAACAUUGUAUCGGAGCAUGGAGAGAAAGCUCCCAAUGUCGUUUACCGAGGGAAGCUCGACAACGAGGAUCGUUUGGUUGCCAUUAAACGAUUCAAUAGAUCGGCUUGGCCUGAUCCUCGACAGUUCCUUGAAGAAGCAAGGGCAGUUGGCCAAUUAAGAAGUGAGCGGCUGGCGAAUCUGAUUGGUUGUUGCUGUGAAGGGAAUGAAAGAUUGUUAGUUGCUGAGUUUAUGCCUAAUGAAACUCUCUCUAAGCAUCUUUUUCACUGGGAAAAUCAGCAUAUGAAAUGGGCAAUGAGAUUGAGAGUGGCUUUAUAUCUAGCUGAAGCGCUCGAAUAUUGCAGUUCUAAAGAAAGGGCAUUAUACCAUGACCUUAAUGCUUAUAGAAUCUUGUUUGAUCAGGACGGUAAUCCCAGGCUUUCGAGUUUUGGCCUCAUGAAGAAUAGCAGAGAUGGAAAAAGUUAUAGUACAAACUUGGCUUUCACCCCUCCAGAGUACCUAAGGACGGGAAGGGUUAUACCAGAGAGUGUGGUUUACAGUUUUGGCACCCUAUUGCUUGAUCUUCUCAGCGGCAAGCAUAUACCUCCAAGCCAUGCACUUGACCUUAUACGUGCUAAAAACUUUCCAAUGCUAAUGGACUCAUGUCUGGAGGGUCAAUUUUCAAAUGACGAUGGAACUGAAUUAGUGCGGUUAGCCUCUCGCUGUUUGCAGUAUGAAGCUCGUGAGAGGCCAGAUGUGAAAUCUCUUGUAACUGGUCUUACUCCGCUACAGAAGGAAACUGUGGUUCCAUCACAUGUUUUGCUGGGCAUUUCACAUGAAGCGGCAUCCUCAGAGCAGACAAUUUUACUAUCACCUCUGGGAGAAGCAUGCUCAAGAAUGGAUCUUACUGCAAUACAUGAAAUACUAGAGAAGAUCGGAUACAAGGAUGAUGAGGGGAUUGCAAAUGAUCUUUCUUUCCAAAUGUGGACAGAUCAAAUACAGGAGACCCUUAAUUCAAAAAAACGUGGAGAUGCUUCUUUCCGAGCAAAGGACUUUGGUACAUCCAUUGAAUGUUACACUCAUUUCAUUGAUAGCGGGACAGUGGUAUCGCCGACUGUGUUUGCGAGGCGCUGCUUGUGCUACUUGAUGAAUGGCAUGACACAAGAGGCCCUUGGAGACGCCAUGCAAGCGCAGGUAAUAUCUCCCGACUGGCCGACAGCAUUUUAUCUCCAAGCUGCUGCUCUGUUCAGCCUUGGUAUGGACAAUGAUGCUAAGGAAACCCUAAAAGAUGGCGCAAACUUGGAAGCAAAAAAACAUAGUAGCUGAAAGUGUAUAGGUCCUUUCCCCCCAUUCACUUUCAAAUAUCCCUCGUAUCUUCGUGUCUUAUGGCACCCUUUUGCAUUGUUUAAUGAUUGAUCAAAGAUUAGUGUGAUGUAAUCAAGAUUAUUUGCAUUUAA